GUGUGAUAAAUGUGAAACUUUAAAUCUAGAAAAUAUAAGUCACAGUUUAAGUUGAUUAGAAAAUAAAAAUCUUUAAAAAUGUGGGAAAUGGACUCGACUGAAAUAAAAAAUCACAUAUUUUACUACAAAACCGGAAAAUUUGAGGAGUUUGUGCAUGAUAUUAAUGAUACAUGUGAAGAUUUCUGCAAACGAUUGUGUCGUCAAUGGAACUUUCCGCCAUUAGUUCAACUUCUUUUCGGACUAAGAAUUCACGGAAAAGACUUAUGGCUCGCCGGAUCACGUCCACUUGUUGCUGAUCAAUACUACGAGUUUAGAGUUCGAAUAAAGAUUCCAAAAAUAUUCGACUUGAAUCAGUUGGAUAAAAAUACAUAUGACUAUUUUUAUCAUCAAGUUCGAUUCGACGUUUUGCACGAUGCAAUUCCAGAAAUAGAGUAUCCAAAUUACAAGUAUGGCAUCCUCGGUUUAUGUGUCACCGAUAUGUAUUUGGAGAUGAUUGAGAAAAAUAGCAAAAUCGAUUAUUUGUUGGAUAACUACAAGAAUUACAUUCCAAAGAAAUUGGCAAGACGAUAUCGGGAUUGGCCGUACUCAUUAAUACUGAAAAACAAAAUAGAAAAGUCACUCAAAAGCAUUCAAGAAAAUAAAGUAUAUGAUGCAUUUUAUGUCAAAAGUGUUUAUUUGCAACAAAUAGAAUCUAGAGCACCGAAUUAUUUAACAGAAGAGUACUGGGGAAUGACACCAUAUCCAAAGGAAGAUGGAUUAAAGGAUGGAAAAUGUCGUGUUCGACUUCAAAUAGCUCCUUAUCAUCAUGAUCAACCUGGUUUGCGAAUUCACUAUCGAUACAAAGACUUGUGGAAACAUGUUUCAACAAUGGCUGGUUUUUAUGCUGUUCAAACAGACACCGAGGCUAAUCAAGUCAGCUUCGAAAUACAAAACUAUCCGCAAGGAUCGCCAAUUUUUAUGGAGAGUACUGAAGAAAUUGAAUCUUUUAUUAGUUGUAUAAAUUUAUAUUAUCGAUUAAUGGUUAAAUGGAAUAUGGAUCUUUGUACUUCGCUUAGUUCUCCUUCGCUAAAGUUUCUUACGGAAUUAAAAAUACAUGGGCCGAUUGGUGGAAAAUAUUCGUACAGUAAAAUUGAUAGUAAAAUGAAUAUAACAACCGAUAAAAUUACGAGUGUCGGAACAUUUAUUAUUCGUCAAUGUGAGAAAAUCUAUGACAUUUAUUAUAUUGAUAUUGUGACUAAAACAAAUCAACAAAUUGAGACAUAUAAGAUAAAUGGUGAGACUGAAAAGUGGAAACUAUAUGAUAAGGAUGGUGAGCUAUCUGGAGAAUUUGAAGAUUUAAUUGAUCUCGCUAAAAGCAUUAAGAUAGAAGAUGGAAGAUACUUUAGAUUACCUCCAUCAGAAUAUGAUAAAUCUCCGUUGCUUUUAUUAUGUCAAACUGGCACAAAAUCAGUCCCAUCAACGCCAGUUGUAGCAGCUUCGGGAUUAAGAGGAGCAAAUCCUCAUGUUUUAAAUGCAGUAGAUGACUUGAGGUUGUACAAAUGGGAAGAGAAAAACUUUGGCGAUGGAGUAUUUACACGAAUGAAGGCUGAACAUAUUCAGCCGGGAAAAAAGAAUGCCGAAGUUACAUUGAAAAUAUUAAAACCCACUGAAAUAUCUACUAGACUGCUCGACUUUAUGAAGUUGGCCGAUAAAUGGGCUAAAUUAGACUUAUCAGAAAUUGUAAAAAUGCAUGGAAUAACGCUACAAAAUCCAAUUUCUUUGGUGCUUGAAUCAAUAAAGUUUGGACCAUUAGAUGAAUUUUUACGCUCACAUAGAUAUAGAAAGCAUGUUAUUUUAUUAAAUCUUGUCGAGACUGCAUAUUCAUUAGCUAAGGCACUUCAUUAUUUACAAGAAAAACAAAUAGUUCAUGGACGAAUAAGAUGUUCAAGCUUAGAAGUGACGCAAUUUUUACCUGAAAAUAAUGACUUUUUUGUCAAACUCGGUGAUCCUGGUCUACCGUAUAAUUAUACAGAAAAGGAUAUCCCAUGGAUCCCGAUAGAGGAUUAUGAGAAUUUAAAUGCAAGUCGGAAUAAUAUGAAGGCUGAUAUUUGGGCUUAUGCUACAACAUUAUGGGAAAUAUUUUCUCGAGGAAUCACGCCAAUUGUUGAAAAUCCAAUGGAAUAUUUUAUGUCUGGUAGAAGAUUACAAAAACCUACAGAAUGCAAUAAUUUACCACGGCUAUAUGAGCAUAUAAUGAAGUCAGGAUGGGAUCAAGACGCUGACAGACGAUUUUCACCUCAGAAAAUCUUUACGCUUUUAUUGGAAUACAAAACACUUUUAUCCCGACACUAUUCAAUUCCAACAACCAGUCGAGAAAGUACUAAAGUUACACCAAAAAUGAAUGGAACACCCAAGAAUGGGAAAAUAAAAGUAAAUGGCUCAAUAGAUAAUUAUUAUGGUGGUUUAAGUUUACUAUCGAGGGAAACAGAUCAUACUUAUAUAGGAUCAAACCCUAGUACAUCAUUUACAACAAAUUAUAUUGAUAAUUCAAGUAUAGCAAGUAACGGUGGUGGAUCAAGUCAAAUGUCGUUACUACAUGAAAAUUCGUCCACAUCAUCACAAUCGACAGUAAAUGCAUUUGACGAUGAUGACUUUCUAUUUCAAUAUAGUGAAAUUCCUGGAGUUCUUGCGAUUGGAGAUGCCACGACUAAUUUAAUAUUUCAAGGAAAAAUUGGAUCGGGUAAUUUUGGCACUGUGUUUCAAGGAUGCAUGGAAAUAGACAAUGAAGGAGAAAAGAUUGAGAAACCUGUUGCUAUAAAAUGCUUUAAAAUCACGGAAUCAAAUGCACAACAAAAGGACAUACUACGUGAGGCUAAAAUAAUGAAAAGUCUUAAGCAUGAAAAUAUCGUCGAAAUUUAUGACUAUUGUGAUAAUCCACUUUUGAUUAUUAUGGAGAAAAUGAGUCAGUCGCUUUUAUCGUAUCUGCCGUCUAAUCAACCGAACUUAGUUGUUGAGAAUUUAUUGCACUUUGCGUUGGAUAUUGCCAAAGGAAUGUACUAUCUUGAGCAGAAGAAUAUUGUGCACCGUGAUUUAGCUGCGAGAAAUGUCCUUGUUAAUUUCAAUAACAGCGUCGAUUAUUUCGACACAAAGUGCAAAAUUGCAGAUUUCGGACUUGCUCAGUUUACAAAUCAAAAUGGAUACUAUGAAUGCUCGACGAAGCGAGAUCUUCCACUAAUGUGGUAUGCGCCAGAAACAAUUGAGUAUCCCAAAUUCAGCUCAAAAUCAGAUGUUUGGUCUUUUGGUGUAACAUUAUUUGAAAUAUUCUCAUUUGGCGAAUCGCCAGACUUAAUAGAUAAGAAAUUAACGGGUGAAGACAUACUUAAUGCACUAAAAGCAGGCCAACGACUGAGAUGUCCAAAUUUUUGUCCGCCAUUAAUUUAUGAUAACUUAUUGAUGGUAUGCUGGAACUAUAAUUCAGAUCAACGUCCUAGCUUUGAAUUACUUGUUAAAAAGAUUAAAAAUCUUUCAAUUUUUAAUGGUGAGAAUGUUUAAG